GCCUGGCACAAAUCAUGUCCAAAAUGGUGCACGAGACAACUCAUCUCCCGUCUCCAGCGGCACAGGUCCCUUACUCCAUGCUUAAUCAACCCGCAAAAAUUACACCCAAGCACUUCAACGGCGUUUGGCAGACCGCUGCAUCCCAUAUGCGCGUCGUCAUGUUGUGAAGGAACCUGAUGCAUGCCACUGCAUUCUUCUUUGCGAGAACGAUCCCAACCUUGCACCUCCAUGACUGACAAGAAAUACGUGAACAUGGCACAGAUCAACCGACCUAUCGUUGUCAGACCCACGCUCUUGACAAACAGUGCGGCCGAGUUUGUUGAGAAUCACAUCGACUCGGCCCUGGAAAUGGACAUAUCGGGAAAUGCCCAGGCAGAGUUCGUACCCGAGCAUGACCGAUUCGAGUUGGCAAACAGCAUCACCACUGUCGAUUAUUAUCAAGAGUCGAGGAAGAGAAUCAAGGAAUUCGAAGAAACCCUCGAACGAUUUUCAAAAAGGCUCGAAAAGAACGACCUGGCCAGAAAAAUAGACAUCACGUUGAAGAAACCGGGCGAAUACAACCUCAAGGACGUGCUUCAAAUCGCCGAUAAGGUCUGUGAGAGACAUAAGAACGCAGACGACGUGAAGAGCUGUACCGGUGCGAUCCGGAAGUGUUUCCGCGCUGUUGGGAAAAACGCGAGCCCUCUCCAGUGCUUGCUCAACUUCGUGCCUAGUGAUGCAUAUGGUUCUGUUAUUUCCGGGGGUUUCGCGGUGAUUCUGGCUGCUGCCGAGCGAGUCGAGUCUCUCCGUGAGAGUAUAUAUGCUGCCCUCGAGCAGGUUCCGAAGAAGCUCCGGAUCGUCCAGGCGUUGAGCGAUGUCAACUAUAGAUCUGAGAACCUCUAUCUAGCUGUUGACGCGGUCUUUGUCUCCCUGCUCAAGGUUCUCGAUAGAAUCGUGGAAGAAUUGUCAAAGAAUAUGGCCAAGAAGGGCUUCAAGGCCGUUAUUAAGGGUAAAGCCUAUGGAAAGGAGAUUGAUGAGUCCCUGAAAGAUCUUGAAGAGGCACUCGGCCAUUUUAAAGAAGAGGCACAUAUUUGCAGCGAGCAGAGGCUGGGGAGACUGGAAGAGCACAUGCUCUCGUUCAAACAAAAUGCGGCUACACUGGAAGGAAACCAGCGAGCAACGAUGAGCGUCCUGAACAAGAUGUAUAGACUUUUCACGAGCAGCGAAGCCUUCGACCCUCGCACUGGGAAAGCUCGCACGGCAGACUACCUCCUGGCUCAGGGCGCGAACCCGCCACUGUUGAUACUAUCCAGAUCGGUCACGCCCGAGCCAUCGCCGAAGCUCAACAAGAAGGUACUCAAGGGGUGGGCGGCGCGGCUCCCAGUCGACUUUGUCUCAGCAGCCGCGAGGGACAUUGGCGACUCACUUAGGUCCAGCCUCCACCCGGCGCAGGAGAACCAGGUCCAGUACAUCAUGACAUCCGAGAAGCUCCUGGGGUGGCUCGAAGAUUCGAAACCAGGCCUGCUGGUGCUGCAGGCCCAGACCGCACCGCAGACCCAGGCAAACGCCAUCUCCCUCUCCUCCGCCUUCCUGGCACAGAUCCUGCGGGAGAGCCACGACAGCCCGGUGUUGUACCACUCGUGCGGGCUGCGCACCGAGGAGGGCCCCCGCGGCGCCGAGACAUCGGGCACCAUCGCCCUCAUCAACAGCCUCAACUCGCAGCUUGCGCGCCAGCUGAGCCGCCGCGCAGACCUUUCGUUCCUCGGGGAAGACAGAUAUCGAAAAAAGGCCCAGAGGCGCCCCCGCCCCGCCGUGAAGCUCCUCAAGCGCCUGAUAAGCGAGGUGCCCGAGAAGAAGACCGUCUUUGUUAUCAUCGACUCGCUGUCUCGGCUGAGUGGCGACGCAGAAAGCGAAGCGGGGGCGAUAAGGGCGAUUUCACAGCUCGUCGACGACCGGGAGGAAGGGGGUCCCGCGGUCAAGAUCCUGAUGACGGACCUCCUCCCCGAGCACAUGCUUCAGCUCCAGCCCCUCGGCGAAGAGCUGUACGUGCCGGACCGUGUCGACGUCGGCGGCCACGGGCUUAAUGCUGAUUACUUGCGUGAGGUAUCUGGGGCUUCUAUUGGGAGGUUCGAGGAGCGCCGCCGUGGUGGGGGGUCUCCUGGCGAUCCUGCAGACUCUGGCGAGGAUUUGGACGGCUCUGGGAGUGACGUUGAGACUACUGAUGACGAGAGCGACUAAAGAUCGUGACUUGAAAGAGCACAAGGAUCAUGGACGCUUCUAAAGUUGAAUGCAAAUAUAUGAGCAUUAGGCAGAAGCUAUCCAGGUAGCAUUGCGUGUUACCCAUAGACCAGAGUUCUUCAUCUAUAUAUCUUCACUUUUAUAGAUGUCAAGUGAGCACAACACGGAUAUUUCCGAAAUUUUAG